GCCUACUCUACCUCCCAGCGGUCCCUCCGCCGUAAGCUGCAAUAUUUCCCCCAACUUUACCCCUCUUUUUCUUUAUAAUAACAGCACCAUUCGAACCACCCGGGUUUUAAAUUCUGAACUUUCUACACUCUCCUCUCUUUCUCUCCCUCACUCUAAUAGCUUCACGUUCGUCGGCAAUGGCGUCUUUCUUCUGAUCUCCCCUUUCUCAUUCUCCCUCUUCUGAUCUCCCUUUCUCAUUCACACUCUUAUAGCUAAUAUGGCUACCUCAGACCGAAAUUUUCUAACAACAGAUUUCAGAACAACAGUAAUUGCAGCAGCAAGAACAGCCUUCCUCCUCGUCGGAAUAGUCUCCACCACCAUCAUUCUCGCCUCAACCGCGGUGCCCUUUUCCGCCGAUCUUCUCUCUUCCGCCCUCCCUCGUAUCAGAACCCUCGCCUUUGCUUGGCUCUCGCCAUCUUACCUCUUCAUCACCGUCCAUUUCAUCAUCAUCGUCAUCUGGAAGCUUCACGAUCACAACAUGAACUACCACCCCCCAGCACAAAAUGAAUUAGAAAUCCUAUUCCCGCAGAAGCCAUCGGAAAUCACCGGCGCCAUUCCACCAGAUCCCGAGCCAGAUCCGCCGGAUUCCAACCCGGAUCCGCCCAAAUCCGGAGGGACGGACCCCGAUGAGUCGCAUGACACCAUUGAUGCGACCUGGAAGGCUAUCGUGGAAAAGGGCGCCGAGAAGGCUGAUUCCGCGGCGCAGCCUCGGAUGAAGAAGAGCGAUUCCUGGGAGAGGUAUGGCCGCGCUCUGGAGGCAUCGCCGGAGGUAAGACUGGAGACGAGGUUUAGGAAGUCGGAGACGUUUCGGAGAGUUUCGGUGGGAAGGGAGGAGCUAUUUGGGCGAGCGGAGGCGUUCAUCAGAACGCAAUAUGAGCAGCGACGACUUCAGCGUCAGGAGUCCGUGCAGCGAUACUUCGAGAUGGUGAACGCUGCCUGCUGAAAAUGGUAUUGGAAGAAGACACAAAGGGGAAUAGAAACCCUAAUCUGCUGGAUCGAUGAAAUCCGUGCAACUUCUUGUGAGAUAGUGUAAAUAGUUCAGGUGUUUGAUGUUCGAGUGAGUAUUUGUGUGAGAUUGACGGAGAUGUGGAUUGUCGUCUUCUUGUUCUGGCUGGUCACGCUUAUUUCUCCCAGUUUCGAGGGCAGAUCUUCUGUGAUUUACGGGCCACUACACUGUUAACUGCAGUGACGGAUGAUUGGUUCUUGAAACAGAACACGGUUUUGUUUGAAAGUUGAAAUCCGGAAAUUUAAAUAAAUAAAAUAGAUGUU